AUGUCCAAACGACCUAUUCCGGAGCAGCACCUCUACACUUGCUGGAGACAAAACAACUCCAUCGCCGUGAAAACAGCCCUCGACGACAUUCUGUUAGCCAUUCCUUCCUCCAACUCCAAAAGACUAGAAAACAUCACCUGGCGCCGCUGGUACAAGGACCUCUGUGGUCUAGACGAAUACAUCCUUGAGGUGGAGCCCGAGCCCCAGGCUCUGUUGACUCCUCACUUGAGCAAACUUGACUUCUCCAUGGACAGCGACGCUGAGCUGGUUUCGUCUGUGCAGCUGGGAGCCAGUCUGAUGAAUUUCGACGACGAGUCACUGGUGGCUUCGUCUGUUUCUGAGCAGGAUGAUGACGACGACGACGAUGAUUGCCAUUUUGGCCUCAAGCCUGCGCUCAAAAGACGUCCCAGCGAGUUUGCACCCGUCCCGGCCGGUUCCGGGACCAAGAAGGCGGUCAAGUUCAACUACAUUGUCAACUCGCGGGAGUUUGUCAACGGGAUUCUGUUUGACUACGAUUUCUUGGACCCACUGUGCUUGUGA